AUGGAUCAUAACGACUCGCUUAUUGUGGAUGUCGAGGCUGAUGAAGGCUUCGAUGUUCUGUCGUUCGUUGAGUCUUAUUCCGAAAGACAUGAAAUUGGUCAUGAAAUGAAGAAUGAGGGAUACCGUAAGCAAGAGGAAAUGCGUACGAAGUCAGCCAUCGAUUUCGUUCGCAGAGAGGCUACUGAUGAGAAUGGCCAGAUCGCCACCGUCAACCCCCAUCCUAAACUCUCCAUUGCUCACGAUCUAGUGUCAUUCCUCUUGAGCCGCAAAGCUGCAACUUCUUACCUUUUUAGGCGUCAUCUGAUCCCUUCAGGCACUGCCUCUCAGCCGUUCCCUCUCAACAUGUUCAUGGGUAAAUGGACACCAUGGACAAUUUUCGCGCUAUCAAAAUCAAAGGACGUCCAGCCAGGUACUCUCCAAUGCUGUCAGCUGAUGAAGCCUGGAGAUAUUGAAGUCAUCACGGUUUCGAAUAACAAGUUCGUGCAGCUGAUGAGUCUUUUGACCGGGGAUGAGCUGCUCAUGAUGUCAACUUGGGAGAUGCCCGAUGCUUCGAGACAUAAGGACGUGGCGAGAGAGUCAUAG